AUGGCGGACCGUUAUGAUCGCCAUUGCUUCCCCUUCGAGUCGCCAUUAGUCCCACUACCACAAAACCAUCGCCGCGGGUUUCUUAAUCACCGGAUAUCUCGUCGUCUACCUGUCGCUCUCGUCGUCUGCGCGUGGCUACUGCUUGCCAGUAGCCUGUUUGCCGGACAGGCGUCUGGAAACCGAAACACUCCAAGGAAAGCCCAAGCUUCUGAAAACGGAAACACUGUUCCAAGGAAAGCGCGGUUCUUACAGGCGUUAAACAUAUCUUUGGGGACCGUACCCGUUGCACCUCCUGGGAACGCGCCCUCUGGUGACGGGUCCCCUUAUGGGUACUUUGGGAACGCGGCUUCCGCAAACAGUCCUUCGGGGAGCAUUCCGGCGCAGGGACCUGCGGGCAGUCCCCCGGGGGGAGGCGGAGCGGGAGGGGGGGAUGGGGGAGGAAUUCCGCCGCCGCCUGGAGGAGGACUACCAGUGGAUGGGGGAGCGCCCGGAGGAGGCGAUUCAGGCGGAGGACAGGGGGGAGGGGGUGCACCGGUGAAUGUAACAGCCGAACAAGGUGCGAUUCUGAAGGCAUGUGGCAGAGAGAUGGGUGUGCCAGAUGGCAUGUGGUAUCCUGGCGCACCGUGUAACAUUGACAAAUGGCUCACGUGCGACCCAGAUGGGACUGUCAACGGCAUUGUCAUCCGCGAUAAGGGCAUCUCCGGAUCCAUCUGCUCCAAUAUAGGGCUCCUCACUUCGCUGGUGAAGAUUGACAUGGCCAACAAUUCGCUAUCAGGCUCGAUUCCCACCAGCCUUGGCAACCUUGCAAGACUGGCCGUCUUCAACCUCCAGCAGAACCGUCUCACAGGACACUUCCCCCCCACAAUGUCUCGCCUCGCCAGUCUCCAGAUGUUUGAUGUAAACACAAACAACUUGUAUGGGCCCCUCUUAUACCCUGUUGGAACUCUUUCAAACAUCAAGCUUAUCAACGUUGCCCGCAACAACUUCAGCGGAUCGCUCCCCACCUCCAUCUACACCCUCACCAGCCUCCAAGAGAUGGACGUCUCCGAGAAUUCUCUCACGGGCUCCCUGCCUCUCUCUGCCAGCGCCCUUAGCGGUUUGCAGAUGCUCAACAUGGUGAACAACCGCUUCUCUGGCGAGUUACCAACCACUCUUGGCAACCUCACAAGCCUCACCCGCGUCGAGCUGGGAAGAAACUAUUUCACGGGGUCUCUGCCGACUUCCCUUGGGCAGCUCACUGCGCUCAUCAGCCUCGGGCUACAGGGCAACACGCUAGGCGGCUCCAUACCCUCUCAGCUGGGAGCACUUAUCAGCCUCAACACACUCGACUUGUCUAACAAUCAGUUACGGGGCGCUCUUCCCGCCACCCUUGGGAAUCUCUCCUCCCUCACUGACCUCAAAAUAGGCGGAACGGACCUCAUGUGCCCCUCGGCAGCAGGCCACCCCCCAUGUGGCGUGUGGCAGGAUGCCUCCUCUGAGUUCUGCCAGACCUGCCCCGCCUUCUGCACCAACUGCUCCACUGCUGCUCUGCCACCUAAACCAGCUGCAGCUGCACCCACGAGCCCUGCCCCCGCUCCUCCUGCGGCUGCUGCAGCAUCCUUGUCCACUCCUCGCCAGAAAUUCAUCAUUGGAAUUGCUGUGGGGGCCGCAGCGCUGCUGCUGCUGGGUGCCCUUGGCAUCUACCUCUGGUUCCGCUGCUCCUCCAGAGGCAAGCCCGAGGCUCCUCCCAUCCCAAGCCAGAUUCUCAUGUGUCGGCGCUACUCUCUCGACCAAGUCAAGAAGGCAACAGGGGGAUGGGCGGAGGCGAAUCAUAUCGGGACGGGCGGGUAUGGCGAGGUGUAUAAGGGGGUGUGCCCGUUUGAUGACUCGGUGGUGUGGGCUGUGAAGCGCGCCAAGAUUCUCACGAAUGACUUCAAACGAGAGGUCCGCCCCUUUGUCGAGGAGAGCAAGGUGGCAGCAUUCAAGGACCCUCUCCUUCCAGAAGCUUCCGACGAUCUCAUUCUCACUCUCGCCAAGAUCGGCCUGCAGUGCACCGCCCUCCCAGCCUCCUCGCGACCCCCCAUGUCCGAAGUUUCCCGCAAGCUCGAAACCCUAAAAAGGGAGCAUUUUCACAGCAGCGGCAUGGACGGUCGAGAUCCGUCGGACGUGGACCAACGUCUGGCUAAAAUUGAUCAGGAGCUUGACAGGCGGGCGGAAUCGGGAUUGUCGAUCCAAGCAGAGUUUGUUCGGCUGAAUAUUAUGUCGGAAAGCGGGGAGUAUAUUAAAGAGACUGAGAUUUCUGUUGCUGGUGGUGGUUACUCGGACCGGUCUUCGGGGGUGCUGCUGCAGUCUCAGGAGAUUUCUCAGGAAUUUUGUCAGGAGAUUCCCAGUGGCAGGUGA